AUGGCAGAGUCCCAGCCUAUUGUCAACGAUGAUGAGCCGACGAAACAAGUGCAUCGAGAUUCGCAAACCGCCUCUGAAUUCAUCGAACAGCAAUUAUCACUCGAAGCCGACGCCCGAGAUACGCUACCAUACAAGUUUGACAGAUGCACAAAGGAUCUAGGACCCCUCCGGCAAGAUGUCUACGCCUGUCUGACCUGCAGCCCGCCACCUGCAUCUGCCGCACAACAGUACACUCCCGCCGGCAUAUGCUACUCAUGCUCCAUCGCCUGCCAUGGCGAUCAUAAUCUUGUUGAGCUGUUCAGUAGGCGCAACUUUGUCUGUGACUGCGGCUCAGCACGUUUUACGAACGGCAUGCCCUGUACUCUUCGAUCAGAUCCUGUCACUGGAGCACGAGGCGUUAGUGGCGAAGAGGCGGCGAAAGAGAAUCAGUACAAUCACAACUUUCGGAACCAAUUCUGUGCUUGUGGCGAGGAGUAUGAUGCCGACAAGGAGAAGGGUACCAUGUAUCAGUGCGCUGGCCUCGGUACUGUCGAGAAUGGCGGGUGCGGAGAGGACUGGUAUCAUCCUGAGUGCCUGAUGGGGUUGCCUAAAGAUUGGAGUGGAAAGGACGAGAGAAAGGAUGCCGCAGCCGCACCGGACGGCGAGGAGAAGGACCACGACCACCCUAAGCCCGAGGGCUUCCCAGACGACGACGAUUUCGAGGGCAUGAUCUGCUACAAAUGUGUCGAUGCCUAUCCCUGGUUGAAGGCAUAUGCCGGCACCGAAGGCUUCCUCCCACCAGUAUUUCACAAAGCGGCUUCCGACCCAGCUCCCAUAUCAUCAGAAAGGCCGAAUCUUAAGCGGAAAGCGUCUGAUGACGCCGAUGAAGACGCCUCUGCAAUAGCUCGUGCGGGUAGCCCGGUCAAACGCGUCAAAGAAGAGAACAUAACGACCUCUACGGACAAGUCAUCCGUGGCUGUCACCACCAGCGCCGCAGCCACUCUGACUCCUGCCACCGAUCCCACUCCAGUACCGUCCCACAAGCACACUCGCCUGCCCGCCAUUCCACCCACCUCCCAACUCACACUUUUCCUCCGCGAGGACUUCCGCGACCACCUCUGCCACUGCCCCGCCUGCUACCCAAACCUCAUUCCCCACCGCGUCCUCCGCGAAGAAGAGUCCGUCUACGCCCCCUCCCUCUCCUCAGACUCACCCUCCCAUCCGAAUGGCGCGACUAACCACUCCGCCGGCUCAACCGGCACGCGCUCCAUCCUGGAAAGGGGCGAAUCUGCUCUCAACAACAUCGAUCGCGUCCGAGCCAUUGAGGGCGUGAUGGCGUACAACCAUCUGAAGGAUAAAGUCAAGACGUUCUUGCAGCCGUUCGCGGAGAGUGGGAAGGUAGUGAGUGCGGAGGAUGUCAAGGCGUAUUUUGAGGGAUUGAGGGGUGACAGUGAGGGGAUUAGGGAGGCGCGGGAGAAGCCGACAGAGGACGAGAAUGAGACCGGGGGUGAUGGCAGGAGAGAACAGAGGGGUUAUUGA